AUGAGGUCCCGGGUGCGAAUUCUCGCCGUCACCCAUGUGCUUCCAGCCCCAGAUCAUCAGACUGCCAUCUGGUCACCACCAGAUGCCCUCUCCGACGACGGCCAUGUCAAGCUCUCGUUCGUGGACGCCUUAUUCGUCAACAGGGUGCCAAUGCAGCGGCUCUUCUUCUACGAGGGCCCCGACGUCCCGCCCUUCCAGUCCCUCGUCCGCUCCCUGAAGUCCUCCCUCGCCACCGUGCUCACCGUCUUCCAACCCCUCGCCGGCAAGCUCACCCACCGCGCCUCGACGGGCGACGUCGUCGUGGACUGCUCCCCGGCCGCGGUCUCGCCAGGCAUCAGGUUCGUCGAGGCCGAGUACGCCGGCAGCAUCGACGACAUGCGCCGUCUCUCCGUCGGCGACGAGCACCACACGGAGGCGCUGAUGCUGCUCGGGCCGGAGCUGAACGCGGGGCGCCUGCCGGCCCCGGUGCUCGCCGUGCAGGUCACCAGGCCAGCCAUCGGAGCUGCGCGCGCCGACGUGGUGGUCGGGGUUUCCAUCCACCACGCCGUCGCCGACGGCCACUCCGUGUGGCAGUUCAUGAGGGCGUGGUCCGCAGCGUCUCGUGACCCCGCGUCGGACUCGGACUUGGUGCCGCCGCCGCCGCCGACAUGGGAUCGGACGGCGAUCCCGUACCCCAAAGCCGAGGAGGUGGCUCUCAAGUUCUUGCGCACGGUCGCUCCGGUGCUGCCUGUGGCAAGAUCGCUGUCCUUGUACACGCCAGUGGACCAGCGGAGGAGAAGCUUCCUGCUCCGCGCCGAUGACAUCAGGUCGCUGAAGCAGAGCAUACUGACACAAAGCCAAGCCAUCAGCAGACACCUGGGCACAUUCCCAAGCACCUACGUCGCGGUGUCGUCGCUGGUGUGGACGUCCAUCGUCCGCGCAAAGUCCCUAAACGACCCCGCCGGCGGCGACGCCUACUUCCUGGUGCCAGUGGACCUCCGGCGCCGCCUCGGCCCGGCGCCGGCGGUCGACGAGCGCUACUUCGGGAACUGCGUGGCGCCGUGCUUCGCGAGGGCCGCCGUGCGCCACCUACGCGACGGCGGCGCCGGGCUAGGACACGCCGCGGCGGCUAUCAGCGACGCGGUCCGCGCGCAGCUCAAGGACCCGCUGGGCGGCGCGGAUCACUGGCUCGAGGACUUCCUCGCGGUGCCCAAGGAGAGGCUCACGUUCACGGGGUCGUCGAACAGGUUCAUGGCGUACGAGACGGACUUCGGGUGGGGAGCGCGGAGCCGGGUGGAGCUCGUGUCGCUCUUCACCAGGGAGCUGGUGCUGCUGCUGGGCGCGGAGGACGGCGGCGCGCAGGUCACCGUAGCGCUGGACCAUGCCCACAUGGAGGGCUUCGCAGCCAACUUCAUGCAGGUGUCACGACGAGGGGACGGAGCCAAAAAUUAG